AUGUGGACCGUCUCUUCCGGGGAAAUGACGCACGCCGAUCUGGCCUACUCGACGGUCGGUCUGAGUGCGCACACUGAUAACACCUACUUCUCCGAGCCCUGCGGUAUCCAGAUGUUCCACAUGAUGCAGCACACCGGCACCGGUGGCUGGUCGACCUUCGUUGAUGGAUUCCGCAUCGCACUGGAAAUCCGCCGCCAGGCGCCGCAUCUCUUUGAUGUCCUGCGCCAAACGCGUUUCGCAAGUCAUUACAUCGACCAUCCGGCCAAGCUCGACAUGCGCCCCGAUCACACGUAUCCCGUUAUCCAGGCCGAGGAUGUGGACCUGGAUCUGGAUGCUCCUGCUACUGGGGACCCCCUGCGCGACGCCUACCGCGGGGUCACUCUGCGCGGGAUCCGCUUCAACAGCGACGACCGUGCCCCAUUGACGGCCGUCCCCUCCGAUCGGGUGCCCGACCUGUAUGCGGGUUUGCAGCUCUUCUCCGAGCUGGCCCGGUCCCCGGAGCUGGUCUGGCGUUUCCCCAUGCGCCCCGGCAGCGCCGUCAUCUUUGACAACCAGCGCGUCCUCCACGGCCGGGAGGCCUUCACCGGGUACCGGCGCUUCAUCGGCGCCUACUCCACUCGGGACGACUGGCGUGCGCGGCUCCGCUGGUUUGACCUGCACGGGGCGGCCGGGCACCCGAAGUGA